GCCCAUAAUAUGCAAGGAAUAUAAAAACAUAAGUCAUAUUUCUUUUUUCUUUCCCGAGUUAGAGACACUGACCGAGUUACAGUAUUCAUCCCGAGUCAGCAGCCACCAACAACAACUCCAAGAAACUAGUAGUGGCCAUGGCAGGAGAGGCACCCAAGAACCUCGUUUUCGUGUACGGUACGUUAAAAAGAAACCAUGCAAACCAUUUCCUCUUAGAAGAUCUGAUCUCAUCGAACGAUGCUGUUCAUAUCGGUCAACGCACGACCAGGUUACAGUACCCGCUCGUCACGGGUCUCUACGGGAUCCCUUACUUGAUCAACAAACCCGGGUCGGGUCAAAAGAUCCGAGGCGAGCUUUACUCGGUUUCGAAACGUGGGCUUGCACGCCUCGAUGAACUGGAAGGUAUCAAAGUCAAUCACUACGAGAGGUUACAAAUCGAGGUUAGUGAGGAAGAAUCAAACGGCGCCGUUUUAGCGGAGGCUUAUUUUGCUCAUUGUAGGUUUGGUGAGAGGUUGUGGGAGAAGAGAGGGAAGUGCGGGAUGUGUGAAUUUGGCCAAAACGAGGGCGUUUCGUAUGUUAUGGUUAAGGAUAGGCCAACGUUUAGCUCUUUUUUCGAUGAAAUCGAAGCUUUUGUGUCUUCUAGUAAUAGUUGAUUACUAAUUUGAUUCAACGGAUUUUGUUAAAUUCGAUCUUUGAUGCUAUGUUUUGUAAUAAAAUAUUGUUUUGAUGAUUAUGCAAUUUAACAGCUUUUGGUUACGCUCAAAGUACA